GGGUUGGGCGGCCAGCCAGCACCUCUGUAAACACGCCGGGGGCCUGUCAUGGGGCGGGUGAAGGAGGCGGUGGCCGAGUGGGGCGGCGCCUGGGGCAGCCUCCAGGGUCCGCUCUGCCAUUCCUGAGCUGGUCCGGGUCCCCGUGACCGUGGCUUCAGGGAAGCGAACUGUUAGGCGAAGGAGGAGGCACUCAGAGCCAUAUCCCCUUCUUCCCCGGGGCGGGGGCCGGGCCUGGCCGGCUGAGGCGGGGGAGGGCCGGGAGGGCGCCAGGCCGGGCCGGCCUGUCUGCGGAGAUGGAUGACAGCAAGGUGGUUGGAGGCAAGGUGAAAAAGCCUGGUAAACGAGGGCGGAAGCCAGCCAAAAUUGACUUGAAAGCAAAACUUGAGCGGAGCCGACAGAGUGCAAGAGAAUGCCGGGCCAGGAAAAAGCUGAGGUACCAGUACUUGGAGGAGUUGGUGUCCAGUCGGGAAAGAGCCAUAUGUGCACUUCGAGAGGAACUGGAAAUGUACAAGCAAUGGUGCAUGGCAAUGGACCAAGGGAAAAUCCCUUCUGAAAUAAGGGCCCUACUCACUGGAGAGGAGCAGAACAAGUCUCAGCAGAACUCAAGCAGGCAUCCCAAAGCUGGGAAGACAGAGGCUAACACCAAUUUGUUGCUGGGGAAUUGAACCCGUGGCUUCAGAAAUGGGAGGUAAGUUCUCUACAUGCCCAGCCCAAUGUUGUUUUUAUAUUUGUUAAGGUGAAAUUCAUGUAACAUGAAGUGAACAACU